CAAUUUUCUUUCCAACCCCGCAGCUCAAAGUUAUCCCAAUCCCGUUUUUCCACCGUGCUGCUUCUGCUGCUUCUCAUCUAAACCAGGCACACGACAACCUCCACAAAUCCUCGAUCACAACAUUCCAUCCCAUCUCAUCCCAAAAAAGAAAAAGAAAGAAAAACCCCCGCAUGGACAUCGACGACCUUCUACAAGAAUUGGACGAUAACAAGGUUCUAGGCGGAACGCGAGACAUAAACGACCUCACACAGUCGUGGAUAGCGGAGCGAACGGCCCCGGAGAUCCUGCCCUUUCAAACUGCAUUGCUGGAAAGGUUAAUGGAACGGAUCCGACAGCAGAUUGAAUUGGUAGAGACACAGACAGGAAAUUUGGAUCCGAAGACGAACUUCUGUCUUAUCCUUCUGCAGACGGAAUUGGAGAGGGUAAAGUUUCUUGUCAGAGGUUAUCUUCGGGCGAGGAUACAUAAGAUCGACAAGUAUUCAAUAUACAUCCUAACGACACCUUCAAUCCGUGGUAGGCUAUCGCCGCCCGAGCUAUCGUACUUGAAAUCUCACCUUGGACUUCUUAAUUCACACUUUCUGGCAUCCUUUCUCCGCCGAUUUCCUGAACAGUUGCGCCGGCUGGACGAUAAGGCCGGGGGGAUAUCCAUGGUCGAGGAGCCGGACCUUGAUGGUGCCGUGUUCUGCAAGGUAGUCAGAGACAUUGAGGAUAAUAUUGCCCGGAUUCCGGGUACGGAUUCUGAGUUUAAACUCACGAAGGGGGAUGUCUAUGUUGUCCGAUACAGCGCCGUCCGGGAAUUCGUCCUCCGUGGAGAGAUAGAACUGAUAUAAUGGCGAAGCUAUAACGAUGUAUCCCUGCUCUACCUUUUUUCUUUUUUUUUUUUGAGCGUUGGCGUUUUUCUCCCUUCCUUGAGAUGAGUUUUAUCAUGGGUGAGCGGGGAUUGUAUCAUAACUGGCGUUUUAUGGCUUUUUUGAAGGGAAAAUUAGACUCGCUUAUAUGGUGGGUUCUUUGGCUAAUGACAAAGGAGGGAUGUGCGGUACUUUACAUUGCAAUGUGAUAUUAUGAGGUCUGGGGAUACUAUCUUAUUUCUGUUACUUGAAAAUCUGAAUUCCCCUUCUACUGUUGGUCAAGGUUGUGGCUAGCAGUCACAAUUCCUGGUUGCUCACUUUCUCACAACCUUGGACACUUGGGAGGAGUGCCUGGCAGUUCAAGAUGACUUUAUAGCUUAGCAUGACUUUAUAGCUUACCAUUGUAAUGUUGUAACUUAACAUAACUUCGUGGCUUCUGAUAGCAAUUUUGUAGCUCAAUUCAAUCUUGUAGUUUAAUUACAGUAUUUUUACU